UGAAAUACCGCGUACUCAUUUAACUUCGCGAAUCACGGAAAUGGCCGCGAAACAGCGCAUUUUGAUAACUGGUGCCUCUGGUUUGCUUGGGCGAGCCUUGAUGAACGAAUUCACUCAAUAUAGUGCAUGGGAAGUGCUUGGCCUUGCAUACAGUCGUGUGCACGGGAAUCUCAAGAAAGCAAACUUGUUGGAUUUUGACGAAAUGAGUAAAUUAGUGAUCGACUUCAAACCGCACUUGUUGAUUCACGCGGCUGCAGAAAGAAGACCGGAUGUUGUAGAGAACGAUCCUUCAGUAACAGAGAAACUUAAUAUCGGUACAACCCAGUUCUUGGCCAAGACUAUCGAAAGUCUAAACUAUGGUUUAAGUAAGCCAGAGCAUUUCAUGGUUUAUAUUAGUACGGAUUACGUUUUUGAUGGCAACGCUGCACCAUAUAAGCCAAAUGAUGCCCCAAAUCCACUAAAUAAAUACGGGGAAAGUAAACUUGAAGGGGAGAAGGCGGUACAGAAGGAACAUAAGAAUGGUAUCAUCCUCAGAGUACCUGUGCUGUAUGGAGACGUGGAAUCAUUAGAUGAGAGCGCUGUCACGGUUUUAUUGAAGGUGCUCAAGCAGAAAGAAGAAACUGUAAUUGAUGACUACCUGAUCCGCUAUCCCACCCUUGUGGAUGAUGUUGCUGGUAUCUGUCAUUCUCUUUGUGAAGAAAAGCUCAAGAAUGGUUCAUCCUUAAGUGGCAUUUUCCAUUGGAGUGGCAAUCAAGCUAUGACCAAAUUCCAAAUGAUAUGUCUGAUGGCAGAACUGUUCAAGCUUCCCAUGUCACACGUGAAGGGAAAUAAGAAUGCCCCUUCUGGUCCUACAAGAAGGCCAUUUAAUACUGCACUGCAUUGCGGAAAGAUGGAAGAUUUGCUAGGGGAAAAAGUUAGUUUGUUCCAAACUCCAUUAAGGGAAGGACUCAAAAGGUACUUGGUAAAACACAUUUAGAUAAUGAGAUAUAUUAUUUGCAUAGGGAGGGAACAUGGGGGGAGGGGUGGAAUUACCUGUAUGGAGAUACUACUUGGACCAAACUUCCCUCAGUCCUAGAAUUUAAGUUUUGUCUUGAGACAACGUGCUCCCCUCCAAUACACGUUUUAGGCCAGCUCCACCUCUCCUAAUUAUAAGGUUGUAAAGCCAAAGGUGUUAAUUGAAUUUGUUGUAAUGAUAAUAUAGCUUAAUAAGUUCUAUUGCAGUUAUAAACUUAAUUCCAAAAUAGGUGUAACAUAUUAUAAUAUACUGUGAGGCUGGUAUCUUUCAGUUACAAAGUAUUGAAAACAAUCAGUCCUUGUUUGUAAUGGCCAAUGCUGCGUAAAAUCACUUGAUUGUGAAUUAAGUGGUAGAUAGGUGUAAUAAGUUGACUUGAAGGCUUUUUAUUCACCUAUUUUAUUAACACAGUACAAAACAUGGCGGACUACACGAGGAACUCAAUCCGGGUGCGCAUGUGCGAAAGAUAUGCUAAUUAACCGGAAGUAAAACUACAACAUCCCCUUCUCUAAGCUGAAAAGCUGAAAAAUUACAUGAGUACAAAUGUGACUGGUAGUGUCCAAUUAGGGGUGUAAAAAAACAACAAAGAACUUUGCAGUACUAAUAAUAACAUAGUUCAAUAUCUAAUGUUUGUGUAGCAAAUGCUACAAGUCCAGUCUGUCUGGGGGCUUCACUGUCCGUGUUGAUCUGCGUAAUGGUGGACCACUUUGGGUAGGUGUGGACUUCGCAGGGGUACCAGGUGUAGACGUCCUUGGCUCUGUUGGGGGUUGGUUGCCGUUAGGUGCUGGUUCUGCUACAGGCUCAUAGUCAUCAGUAGCUGAGGUAUUAUUCAAGCUUAGUUUUUCACCUGUGGGACGAAUGUGUCUGCGGUUUCUGGUGAGAGUACUGCCAUUGGCCAUGUCCACAAUGUGCGAGCGUGGGGUUGGCGCAGCGGCUCGAACUAUUCCUGGCUCCCAUUUGGAGUUGAGGGGGUUGAAGACUCUGACAGCGUCCUGAGGGUAGACAGGCUGUAGACACUUGGAAGUCCUGUCGUAAUAUGAUUUCUGUCGGUCUUGUCUGGCUUGCAGCUUGACAUUGGCAUCAUAGUCAGGUUUGUUCAGUAGUGCAUGCCUGGAAGUAGCUGGCAGGUUAGACUGAUAUAUUCUGGAAUUUAGCAACUCUGCUGGUGAUGGCAGGGUGUGACCCAAAGGGGUUGUUCUCAGGCACAGCAUGGCUAGAUGUGGGUCUUGCCCUGAUUCCUUGCACUUUUGAAGGAGAUCCUUGACAGUUUGCACAUUUCUCUCUAUGAAGCCAUUAGCCUCCUUGUAGUAUGGGCUUGUAGUUGUAUGAAUAAAUCCAUAGGUGCUGCUGAAAACCUUGAAUAGAGCAGACGUAAACUGGGUGUCAUGUCCUGUGACAAGUUUGUCUGGUAUGCCAUGUUCCUCAAAUAUUCCUUUGAGGUGAGCGAUGACAGUAGAUGAUUGGAUGUUAGUUAGCUUGCGCACAAUUGGGAACUUACUGUAGUAAUCAGAGAGUAGUAAGUAUGGUGAACCGUUCCAGGAGAACAAGUCAGAUGCUAGGGUGUGCCAGGGCCUUGGUGGAACAUCAUGAGGCAUUAGCGGUUCUUUAGUGUUCAUGGACUGAUUAUGCUGACAGGGAGCACAACUCUUGACCAUGUUGUCGAUGUCGGCAUUGAUGUUCGCCCAAAAGACUGAUCCCUUGGCUCUGAGCUUGCAUUUUUCCGCACCCUGGUGUGCAUAGUGUAGCUGCUGUAGAACAUCUGGUUGCAGGGUCUUUGGAAUUACAAUUCGGGUACCCUUCAGGACCAAUCCAUCGGUGACAGUAAGUUCGUCACGAUAGUUCCAGUAUGGGUGUAGUAACUCCGGGCAUUCAGCUCUUUUGUUUGGCCAACCUUGGGCGAUGACGGCACGAAGUGAGUGAAGUGUUGUGUCCUUCCUCGUCUCCUCUUGGAUCUGCGUUAUCCUAGUAGGGCUAGCAUUGAGGUGCAAGUGUAGCUCAUGUAUAGAGACAUCAAGUCCAGCGAUAGUGUCACCGGGACUUGGGUUAAGUCGUGAGAGGGCGUCGGCCAGGGGUAUGUCCUUCCCUGGGACAUAUCGAAUGUCGAUGUCGUAUUUCUGUAUCCGCAGCAUCAUCCUGGCAAUGCGGGGUGGCGCGCUGGCCAGAUGCUUUUUGAAUAUUGCCUCCAGUGGCUUGUGGUCCGUGUGGACCUGGACGUGGCGUCCAUAAGCGUAGUAGUGGAAUUUCUCGAGACCAUGGACGACUGCAAGCAUUUCCCUUUCUAUGUUGGAGUACCUCCUCUCGGUUUCAGUGAGUAGCUUACUUCUGUACUCCACAGGGCCUUUAUCUUGGAUGAGUGUCGCGCCGAGGCCACGUUGAGAUGCAUCCACCUGGAUUACGACAGGCUUGGUGCUGUCGAAAUACUGCAGCGAGGCUGGCGAUGUGAUGAGUUUCUUGAUGUCAUCUACAGCUUUCUGGUGUUCUGGGCACCACUGGAAUUGACUACUUUUCCUUGUCAAGUCCCAGAGGACCGCUGCUGUUGAAGCGAGGUUGGGUAUGAAACGGCUAAGGUAUUGCGUCAUACCUAGGAAGACUUGGAGAUCUGUGAGGCUCGUUGAAGGAUCCAUGUUGUUGAUGGCUUCAACCUUAGCAGGGUCAAGUUUCAGACCAUCUGCACUUAGGGUGUGUCCGAAGAAGACAAGUUCCUUGCUGGCAAUUUUGCAUUUGUCAGCAUUGAAUUUCAGACCAGUUUCACGGGCACGCUCCAUUACUGCUUUCAGGUUAUUGUCAUGCUCCUUACGGUUGCGUCCGUAAACAACUAUGUCGUCUGUGAUGCCUGUCACCCCAGGUAAGUCACCAAAGGUUUCGUCGACCUUCUUUUGGAAGAUGUCCUGAGCACAAAUCAGACCAAAGGGUAGUCGUAGGAAUCUGAAUCUUCCAUGGGGAGAGUUGAAUGUUGUAUAGAGUGAGCUUUCCUGGUCAAGCUUUAUGUUCCAAUAACCGCUGCGGGCGUCAACUAUGGAGAAGUACUCGGAUCCACUUAGCUUUGAUAAGACUUCAUCAAGAGUGGGUGUACGAUGAUGUGGACGUUUGAUGGCGCAGUUGAGGUCCUUUGGAUCAAGGCAGAGUCGUAUGGAGCCAUUCCGCUUUGUGGAACAGACUAGCGAGUUGACCCAGUCAGUGGGUUCAUCAACCUUGGUGAUGAUUCCUUGCUGUACGAGGGAUUCCAACUCCUUGCGCAGAGGCUCCUGAAGUGCUUCAGGGACUCGUCGUGGCGGGUGAACCACAGCGGGUACUGUAGGGUCAAGUGUGAUAUGGAACUCUCCGUUGAAGCAUCCGAUGCCUUCGAAGCAGUCAGCAUACUGUCUUAGUAGAGCUGCCUUUGCCUCAGGGUCAUCCUUGGGUACUUGAGCUGGUCGUAUUUCGGCUGGCUCAGCCUGGUCUUUGCUUAGACUGUGGUUAAGGGUUACAAGCUUCAUUGCAGUACAUGUGGGUAGUCCUAGGAUUGUAGGUCCUGUCGUGUUUACAACAUGAAAUUCAUGAGGGCUGGACUGACCGUUAUGUAGUAAAGUGAGGUUGCAGGUACCGUAGUGUUGUACUUCAUGGCCUCCAUAUGCUGUUAUCCUUGUGUCUGAUGGGGCUAAGCUGAGGGGCUUGCCGUCUAUGUCGCAGAGUGACUCUGGAUAGAUGUGCUUGUAGUUGCUUAAUGGGGUUUGUAUUUGUUUAUUUUCACGUGAGUGUGUCUUGGGAUGUGAAGAAGGGCUUUUGUGGGUUGUUGCGUGUACAGGUAUAGUGUUUGUGCCUCUAAUAUCUUGUAACUGAGCCGAAGUGGCUUCCUCAGUCCUGGCUAUGUCUAUUGCCUUAGCGAGCGUUAGAGUUUUGUCUAACUCGAGGAGUUUAGCCUGGACACGUGGGCGGCGAGACCCGAAAAUUAGAGCGUCAAUAAUGUGUUCGUCUACAUUAUCAUACCUGCAUUCGCUGGCUAGCAAUCUUACUUUCUUUAUAAAUGAAUCCACUGGUUCAUCGUCCUUUUGCUUCAGAGUGCGUAGUUUAAAUCGUGCUAAGCGAAAAUUGCUCUUGGGGGCGACGUAUUCUUCAAACUUCUCCCAGUAAGUUGACAGCUUUUUCUUCUCGUCUGAGGUUAGCGACCACGUAGAAACUAAUUCAAUUCCUUCUUCUCCCGUCCAUAUCAACAGAUAACUGACCUUUUCUUUCUCCGAUUUGGACUUAAGCGGGCCAGAAAAGUACAAUUCGACGGUUGCCUUGAACUUUUUUAGCGCUUGUUGAAGAUCGGUUGCAUUCCAGUCCAUACGAGGACUAGUGAGUCCAGUGAGUUCGGCCAUUUUCCUUGUGUAAACUUGCUAGAUUUCUCGUAAAAUACCGACCUGGUAUGUUUGAGAGUGAUUUUCCUUCAGUUUGCUUCUGACACCAUGUAAUAAGUUGACUUGAAGGCUUUUUAUUCACCUAUUUUAUUAACACAGUACAAAACAUGGCGGACUACACGAGGAACUCAAUCCGGGUGCGCAUGUGCGAAAGAUAUGCUAAUUAACCGGAAGUAAAACUACAACAAUAGGGUUGUCGGUUGAUCCAAGGCAUCAAGACCAUGUUUUUUCAUGAAUUUGAUAUUGUGCCAACAAAGUUUCAUACCUUCACAGAGGAAUUAUGGAUGCGUUCUGCUAUUAGAGCAUGGAGUAUGUUCAAGAGGGUCGUCUAAAAGCAAUGAUCUUAAUCUAGAGUCCUUUACAUACAUGUAUUUCUGAAAUAUAUCGACUUCUAAUGAAAGUUACUGUACCCAUUUGAUGUCGGUACGGCUAGUUGGAAUGGGAUUUUUCUAUUAUGGACAAGUUCCUGGCUACCAAAAAAACGCGACGAUACUCGACCAGUAUUUCUGUAUUUUUAGUUUGCCCCUACUCUGACAAGAAUUUGUUAAAGUCUCCCCCCAUCUUUCUGUUUGGCCUCUGCAUUUUUACGACCAUUUUAUUACGACUACGCAUAGAAACUGUAUUUUAUCUGUAUUUUAUUAUUGUUGGAAAAAUGUAAAAAUAAACACACUAUCCAUUAAAA